AUGGUGGCAGGAAAUUCUCUUUCAGGGUUGACUGCCUUCACCCGGGCCGUCCACUUGGGACUUGCUAGGAUGAACGCUCGGGCUGCGCUUGCUUCUAUUGGCACGACGCAUUGCAUGGAGAAUGCGAUAUGCGGAUGUCGUUCAUAUUCGAGAGCAAGGUCCGUAUAUAAGGGAACCACGAACAGCGCAAACCAAGGCAGGAUCGUCCACGAAACCCCGCAUGAUGAAGCAUCGUCGAAAAAAGCAACCAGCGGUGUAACACGUCCAGAGGCUGGCAGAUCCGGUGUAAGAGAAAGGGACAGCAGAUACGUUAAGACGACGAAUUUUGCAGCUAAUAAGAAGAUAAGUAGUUCAGGAACUGGGCGGGAUGAACAUGGACAGGAUAUAAACAAAAGGGUGUCACUUAACGAUGAUAGCCGAUUGGUCAAUCAACAAAAUGAGGAUCUCUAUAAUUACUAUGACGUCAAGGAUCCACGGAAUGCAGUACCUUCACCGGGAUUUGACGAGAAUGACCGCAGGGCCAAAAUCACAAGCAGAGAUGAUGCAACGGAUGAAAUAGACUUGGAGUUCGAUGUCGAGCCAUUGUCGCAACAAAACGGAAUUGAUCAAACCAGUUCGUUUGCAGAAAAGACCGUGACGCUUAAGAAGCCGUGCGUUGUCACGAAGAGGUUGAUAACAGUGGAGGCACCAAUCCACAGCCUCACCGGGAGGGACGCUCUGGAAGCAGUAUUGUAUGGGACAGGUCAAUACGCGCCAUUCAAUACAGUGGAACUGUUGUAUAAGCAUAUACAUAAGGAUAAUGCGGCUGUGAAAAAGGGAGAACGAAGCGGGUCUGCAUUAUUAGCUUCGUUGGAAGACCAUGUAUGCCUGCUGGCGAGGAAUCGUGGACUGAGGGUGCGCGAGGCGGCGAUGUUGGCCAUGAUAUACGACCACCAAGGGACACUACGUCCAGAAAUAAGGGAUGCUCUGGCCAUGGCAUUGCAGAUGCAAUUAUGCUCAUUCAGGCCUUACGAUAUCGCCGCAGUCGUUGCAGUCUAUGGAAAGUACGGGAGCCGGUACCGACCCUUACUCAACACGCUAGGGCUCGUAUUCUACGACAUUAUGAUAGCAGGUAAAACGGCAAUUGCGCCACAGGGGCCAUCUGUGGAUGAAACGCUGGCCGUGAUAGAAGCGUACUCAAAAGUGGGAAUGCCCAUAAAGAGGAUGACGGAUGCCGCAUUUGGUACCCUUUACCAGCACGUAGAUCAAAUGGACACAGACCAAAUGCUAACGGUUCUAGAUGCGUUUUUCCGGCUUUCUAAAGAUGGCAACUUCGUUGAACUAUACACGAAAAUUAUAGGGAGGCUUUUCGGGCAGCCGGUCUUAUUUGUGGAUGGUUUUCAGAAAUAUGCGGAACAGCAUUUGAACGCCAACUUUCAGUCGCCAAUGGAGGACACUACUAUCGCAACCAUUGGUGAUAAAAGGACAGCAUACCCACCAAGCGAAGUGAUGCGACUCAUGAUAGCCAUGGCUAAAUGCAAAAGCGAACACCUCAUACACUCAGUGCACAGUCGCAUAGAAUUCAAAAGACUAUGGAGCGGGAACAUUAGAAAUAAUAUCAUGCCGUGGAAGGCAUCAGUGGUGGAACCAAAUUCAACCAUUGGGUUGGAUGUUAUAGCACCGGGCAUAGAAAAUCCAACUAUGGUUGAAGCUGGUGAACGUGAAAUCAAGACCAAAUUAGAUACUACAGCACCUGAUCAAAAACUAAUUGAGAUGUAUCGCUCUGUGGCUAACAACAAUUCGGGUGUCACAGGUGACAACAGCACAAACCACGGCGCCAAUCUCCAAAAGGUUCUCCGAGACGGACAGAAUCAAGUUAAUUCAAACAUCCGAUCCGAAGCAGAAAUACUUCACGAAUUUGUUGGUGACCAUAGAGUGGUAUCUUAUGUGGAUCAAAUACCAUCAAUAUAUCAAGGAAUGUUGCAGAUGUUAUCGGAUACUUUAGGCUACAUGCACAAUCCGAAAAUUUUCUUGCAGCUCAUACACGAUGCAAACCGCUCCGUGGUGGAAAAGGCGCUUGUGUUAUGUAAGCAACGCGGUAUAGAUUUGGCUUUUGAGCGUCUGGUGCAAAACUGCCGAGCGCAUUAUCCCUUCAUCGCCUCCCUUAAUGCAACCAUGAAGAAUUACGAAGCGCCUACUGACGCCACCAUGUCAAACGCCGAUUAUAUGCCUCUAUUUAAGGUUGAAGAUGCAGACGUGCAAGUAUGUCUGCAUGCCCCUGAAGACGUCAUGAUUGUACAUGCAGAUCAACUCAUCAAAAGCGUUGAAAAGGAAUCAGCAAAUGACGAGCAAUCCGAUAAUGCAGGGUCAACCUCUCACGCAGUCUAUCCGUCUUUAUGCUCAUAUGAUAGACGUGUUAAUGAAGCCAUGCGGGCACUAUCUGUUAGGAAUGGUGCUAACUUGGACGGGUUAUCUGCCACUAACAAAGUUUCGGCGAAUGACCUAGCUCUUACAAUUAGGGCCAUACAAGAUUACUCGAGGUACUCUGACCACCUUCAUGCUGAAACUGUGAAUGCCAUCGCCGCACUGUAUUUCAGGAUGCUAUUCGUGGCACCUAGGCCACCGGUGGCGUCGGAUGAACUUCACAAAAUGCAGUUGUCAGAGUUUUUGAGUUGCAUACAAGAUGCCACACCGAUAAGCCUUAUGGUAGAUCAUGGACAUUUACCGUUCACCCAGAAUAAAAACGCAGUCGGAUUUCAGGAAUUCCACCAAGUUAGGCACGGUGAGUAUCAAUAUUACAGGCCCAUGCCGCUAUUUGCGGACUUGUUUCGUGGAAAUGCGGCACUGUACGGUCUUAUGAUGUAUACAAUUGCUCACAAGAUGCAAUACUCAGGAAUGCAUAGAGCUGCAGAUUGCGAUUUGGCAUCUACUAUACAGGUUAUCGGCGCCAUGCGGCACGUGCUGCACCCGUUUUACAUCAUAGCUACGGGGAAGACUAACAAGAUUCUAAAAUGGCAUAUAUUGUAUUACAAAGGCGCGCUUAACGUUUGUCAUCGCGUGAAUGGCACAAAGGUGAAGGGAAAUGGCGUUAGUGAUGUGAAUACUGAUGCUGUGCAAAACACGUUGGGCAAGGUGGGUGACGAUGCCAAGAUGUCGGGAAUACCGAAAUCUCAAUCAUCCCACGAGGCACUUCAUUCAGAUGAUACUGAUGCAGAUCAUCAUUCUAAUGAGUUUAAGGAUGGUUUUGACAGCGUGAACACCGAUCUGAAAGAGCUCGAACUAAUACGUGACAGAACCUUCGCCGAAGCUGCGGCUGAUAUAUCAAAAGUGAUGCAGUGCCCGCUAUUCCAUCAUUCGGCGACAAUAUUCACGAUCGUGCUGUUGGAGUACAUCAGUCAGGCAAUACAAACACUACAAGAUGAUGCAAAUCUCAUCAGCCUGAACGGGUGCGCUGAAAUCUCAGAGACGCUCUCCAUGCUCAUGGCGUUCCAACAAAUGAUGGAAAUGGAACUUGACGUGAACCACAAGGCAUUCCUACAUAAGUGUCAAAACGACAUGGCGGCAAUCAUAGCUAGCAAGGUUAUGUCGGCGGCUGAGGAUGAACCAGGAGUUGGCCUGGGUCCCAUGGCGCUGCCAAUCGAUACGGCCUGGCGUGACGAGCCGCACGGCGGAUUCGCGGAACGUGUAGACGCUCUAUCACUACGUAUGGAAAGACAAGACUUUCUGAGCACAGCCCGUGCACUGGCAAUGUACUUGAAUACUGUGGACCUCACGGAACCGCUGGCGAACGCCGUGCACACAAUUAUGCAGAUCAUGUACAAACGGCUCCCGUACAUGGCAGACUCCGAUCUCGUUGAUGCUGCUAUAACGGUGAUACACGCGGACGAGGCACUGGCGCGCACGCAGAACUACUCGGAUGAAGAUCCAGCGGGUCGGCUGGCUCAGCUGGUACGCAUCCUCCGCGUUCAAUGCCGCCAACUUCUAGAGGUGCAGCCGGCACACACAGACGAAGUAUAUACGUUCAGUACACGUGGUAGAUUGGCGAUGAUUGCGGCUAUCGGAUAG